AUGGACGUAGACGACCCCGCAGAGGAAUUUCUCCGCACUCACCACGGCGACAGCAGUGCAGAACAGCAACAUUCCCACCCAGCUGCGUCGACAAAUGCUGACAAGAUGGCUUCAGAAUCGCCCACGGUUGAUGACAGUAGCAUGACGCCUCAGCCAGCGGCAAAUGGACAAGCUGCUGCGCCAACGAACGGCGCAAAGAGAAGUGCGGAACCGAGCAGCGGAACGCACACGCGCUCAAAGCGGAAUCGCUACAUCUCCAUCGCCUGCAACGAGUGCAAGCGACGCAAGAUCAAGUGCAAUGGACAAGUGCCCUGCCAGCGAUGUGGUCACCUCAAACUCGAAUGUCGAUAUGCCCCCAAUUGCUGCAAUAACAAUUUCAAGGACUCCGAGGAGUUCCGUUCGAUGCAACAGCAGAUUGCCACCCUCCAAGAACAAGUCAACACUCUAUUUACCAACUUGAAUGAUUUGCGGACCCAGAAACCCCCGGCUCUUUCACCCACCCUCGAUGGAUACUCCCACCAUGGCCCGCAAUCGAUCUACACACCUAUAUACUCUGAUCCACACGGGCCCAGUACAACACAGCCGCGCUUUCAUGGCCCCACGAGCUCUGCAUUCAACUUUGACGUCGCGAGGUCUAGUCUACAGACUAUGGGGAUUGCGGAGGAUGGAAUAGCUUCCAAUGAGACCACAGUACAUGCGUCGCCUGCCCAGUCUCCCCCGCAGCCAGCACCAGCCCUUCCCCCAGUGCAUCCUACUAAGGAUCCGAUAUGGACUAUUAAACGGGAAGAAGCGUUGCGACUAUUGGAGGUAUACGAGGAAGAAAUCGGCAUUAUGUAUCCAUUUUUUGAUAUAAAAACGAUUUCGGAUCAGACUAGCCUGCUUUAUAUGUUUAUGGAGGCCGCUCUUAGGACAGGAUUUGCGCAGCGUGGACUGCCUGGGGCAGAUGGUCUUCAAGAUGAUAAUACGAAUCUGUUGAAGAUGAUCCUAGCAGUAACGCUGGUCGUUGAGGGCGGUGGUCAGAGUGAGCUUGGCCAGCGUUUAUUCAUGACAGUGAAGCCGGUGAUAGAGUCGAAAAUCUGGAGCCCGCCUGAUAUCAAGACGGUGAAGCUCUUUGCCGUGGGAGCGACUUAUCAUUUCCAUACCGGCGAUGAUGUUAUGGCUUACCGACUGAUUGGCAUCGCAGCACGUAUGUGUCUCGAGAUGGGUCUGCAUCGGCGAGAUGCCAUAAUGAGGUCCUUUCCCGAAGAGCAGCAGUGGAGCGAUAUCAACAGAACUUUCUGGUCGAUCUAUCUCCUGGACAGACGUUGGAGCUUUGGCACUGGCUUGCCAUUUGUGAUUCAAGAUGACGAUAUUGAUCCCAAUCUAGAGGAGCCGGAUCUAUCACUACCGUACGUACGUUGUAUGGUUCCCUAUAGUCGCAUUGCCUCGAAAAUCUGGUACUCCGGGCUUGGGUCUGAAGGGAUCACCGAUGCUAGGCGAGAUGUGAUUGGUUAUCUCGACUAUCAAGUUCUUCAGUGGUAUAAACAAAUACCAAAAGAGUUGAAGCUGUAUCUGGCCGACUCUCCAAAGUCUGGAGAGUCGGUUAGCAGAGGCCUUCGACGACUCCGGGUGGUUUUGUACCUGCGCAUGAACCAGCUACGGAUUCUGAUUUAUCGGCCGGUCCUGCACUCAGCAGCAAACAUCGCCCAAGACAAGGCCCAUGCCCAGACUGUCGUUGAUGUUGCUAAGGAUACAGUGCGGCUGCUCACAAGACUGAAUCAAACAUCGGAUAUAUAUCGGACCCAGCAAGCAUGCUUUAACUACUUCCUCGUCGCUGCAUUGGCCGUUCUCUUUCUUGCCGUCUGCCACGCGCCUGCAGAAUUCAACAGACAGGUGCGCGAUGAAUUUUACUUGGCCCUGGACCUGAUAAGGGGGUUUAGCACCAAGUCCUAUGUGUCCAAGAGACUUUGGAACACCAUCAAGGGGCUUAGGAAGAUUGGUGAGAAACUGGGAGUCCUGGUACCACGUCCUGUUCCUCCCAACUCGAACGACGAUCAUUCCAACGCAGCGGUCGCCAUGGCUGGUUUGGCCGGCCACCCUAUCGAGGGUCUCUCGGUAUACGGGGCCGUAAAUGGGGUCAACGGACUCGGAAACAGCCCUCUGGACGGGAUGCAGAUAAGUCAGGAGUUAACCAACUUAUUUGAAGCUGCUGGCGGAAUCGGCAACUUUCUUAUGCUGAAUACAUCACACGAGAAUACGGGUCCUGCUACGACUGGCAGUAUCGAUGGGUUUGCUGAGCCGACAGCAGGGCUGCAUAGCAUGGCGGAGGGACUCGCCGGAAUGACGGAUGGCGAAGGCGAGCUGUCGAGAGUUAUCAGGGACUUAUUCUGA